AUGGUCUCCAGAACAUUGAUGGGUGUUUGGGUCGCCCUUGAUUUUUGUCUUUUAGUCGCCGGUGCUCUCUCUGUUGCCCUGUCCAUUGUCUGGCGUGCUCCCAAUGUCCUCAUGAAUAUGGUCUUGUCAUCCGCUGAUCUCACUGCGGGCACAAUUUUGGGUGUCGCAUUUUUGAUCACUUUCGCGAUAUCAGUAGGCGCCAUUAUUCAAAGAAACCAUGUCACCCUCGGACUCGUUAUUCUCAACUGGACACUGCUCGUAGAUGCUAUCGGUGUCUUGAUUAUCGGUUCAUUUGUGUGGAUAUACACUUUGAGGGAGCGUGCCAACUUCUAUGUCCUCUGGAAGGCGGCCUCGCGGGAUGACCGUCUGUUCCUUCAAGACAAGUUCAAGUGCUGUGGAUAUUUUAAUGGUACCGAUUUUGCGGAAAUAGGUGGUUCCUUCUGCACAUCACAAGACGUUGUCAAUGGCUUGAAUCCCAAUGUCACCUCAAACUUCUGUGUUACUCCCGUAACUGGUUUUGCUGAUGUUACUUUGAAUAAUGCGUAUGGAUUCAUGGCAAUUGUGCUUUGUCUCUUACUUGCAACCAUCUGUGUGAUCAAAAAGAGGAACGAAGACGAGAGAUUCAAGAAAAUUGACGCUAAACGAGGCGGGAGGGGCUUUGUUUGA